UACAACGCCUUAAUAAAAUGAAAAUUAAAUAAGAUUAAAUAAAAAGUUAUUUCAGUUAAAUAAAUAGUCUGAAAGCUGGGGGUCGUCAACAAUUGUAAUUUCCUCUUGUGUGGGCUGCAGGGGAGGAGUCAUCGCACAACGAAGGGGAGGAGAAGGGGCUUAUUACCUAAAUGUCCCGGUUAUCUGUCAUCCAUAAUGAGUGACAACAAAACUGACCUGAAGUUUAGCACGGUAGUCCAGCUGCCACUUUCAUUGGUCUCUUCUUUCUUAAACAUCCUACGCGAUAAUCACUGCGACUGUUUUAUCCGUCAUUGAUCAAAGCGCAUUAUUUUGCGCACCAGCUGCAUCAGAAGAUGGAUAUGAACUCCAGAAUCUUCAGCUUUAUCACAUGUAUCCUCCAGACACUUCUGCUGUCAUCGGCCACCCUCGUACCGUUUGACCUGCUCUAUGAUAACGGAGUGCAGGCUUUCUACAAUGGAGACUAUGACAAAGUGGUGCGGUACAUGGAGAGCGCGCUGGGCAGUUUCUCUGAAGUGCGUCAGACCAGGGUCAGAUGCAGGCUAAAGUGCCGUGAUCAGCAUCGCUUUGAUGGCUUGCUAAUUGAAGAGAAGUUCUUUGAAGUUAUUCUGCAUAGGGCGCAUUGUGCGAAUGAAUGCAUUGAGAGAAAGUUGGGAGCACAGUCCAUGCACAAAGUCAGUGAUGAUGUCAUUCAAGAUUUCCAUAGAAGAAUUCCCUACAACUACCUGCAGCUUGCCUACAGAAAGCUUGGGCAACUAGACAAAGCUGCGUCUGCUGCUCAUACGUAUUUUCAAGCCAACCCUGAGCAUGUGGAGAUGGGCGAGGACUUGGAGGAGAACAAAGCCCUGCAGGGCGUAAAAGAGGAGCACUUUGUUGACCGGGAAGCCCGACCACAUCAGAGAGCCUUCUUUGCUGGAGUGAAGCUCUAUGACAAAAGCAACUAUGGAGAGGCCGUGACUUUCUUUGAGGAGGCUCUCACUGAGUACUACCAGGCUGAUGUGGAGUGCCGGGCCCUGUGUGAAGGGCCACAGCACUUUGAGAAGCAGGAUCAUGUCUUGUACAAAUACAGCCUCUAUGAGCUGAUCUCAGAUCAUUACACACAGGUUCUUCACUGCAAACAUGAGUGUGUCAGAGACUUGGCCACCCGCCCCGGACGCCUGUCGCCCAUGGAAAACUACUUGCCCUUGCAUUACGACUACUUGCAGUUUUCCUAUUUCCAAGUGGGCAAGAUUGAGGAGGCUUUGCCAUGUGCUCUGACAUACCUGUUAUUCCAUGAAGGGGAGGAGUUCAUGACUGAGAAUGUGGAGUAUUACAGGGAGGUACUGGGAAAUUACAGCCAGCCUCGUAAGGAAGCUGAACAGUACUUGAGACGGCAUAGGCAUGAAAUAGACCUUCUCCUUGUCGGCAGCAAAAACCUUGGAGUGCCCUACAUUGAGGGGAAUUAUUGGAGCAGUUCAGGCGGUAGAGAAGAUGCUAACAGCAUUCCUUCUGGAACAGAUGGCUGGAUGGACUAUGUGCCGAUUUCUGAAAAGAAAAACAUCACUUUGGCCGUGGUACAAGAGCUUCGCGAAGGAGGUCCAUUGUUGUAUGAGAAUGUAAGACUUGUUCAGAACUCUGCGGCUCUUAAUGGAACUCAAAGAGUGCUUUUCGAUGAUGUCAUCACCGAGGAUGAGUGUGCUGAGCUCAAACAUCUGGCACAUAGUGUCGCUGCAGCUGGUGAUGGCUACAAGGGAAAAAUGUCCCCUCACACACCCAAUGAGAAAUUUGAAGGGGCAACAGUAUUGAAAACACUGAAGUAUGGAUAUGAGGGACGUGUACCUUUAAGAAGUGCCCGCCUCUUUUAUGAUUUAAGCGAGAAGGCCAGGCGGAUAACUGAGUCAUACUUCAUGUUGAAUUCCACUCUGCAUUUCUCAUACACACACCUUGUGUGUAGGACAGCCAUAUCUGGUCAACAGGACCACAGAAAUGACCUCAGUCACCCAAUACAUGCUGAUAACUGUCUACUAGAUCCAGAAGCGAAUGAAUGCUGGAAAGAGUCGCCCGCAUAUACCUACCGAGACUACAGUGCCUUGCUGUAUCUGAACGGAGAUUUUAAUGGUGGAGAAUUCAUUUUUACAGAAAUGGAUGGCAAGACUGUCACUGCCUCAGUGAAGCCCAGGUGCGGCCGGAUGGUUGGUUUCUCAUCUGGUGGAGAGAACCCACAUGGUGUGCGUGCGGUCACUAGAGGGCAGCGAUGCGCUGUUGCACUUUGGUUCACUUUAGACCCCCUCUACAGAGAACUGGAGAGGCUUCAAGCUGAUGAGGUGGUUCAAGCUUUGGAUAACCAGCACAUGUGGGAUCAAGGUCUCCAUAUAAACCCAAAAGACGAGUUAUAGUCCAGCAGCCAAUGGGAAGACAGCACAGGGUUCAUUUCAAUGCCUAUUUAUUUAAUGAUAAGAAUUAUUUAAUUUUUUUACGGUUUGAUGUACAGGUUUUUUUAUUUGGUUUUUGACUGUCUGUGAGACUAUUAUUAUGAUUAUUUGUGCAUAGUAAGACCUCAGUUCACAAUUUGGCUCACGUUUUUGCUUGUUUGCAAUAGCAUCUCCUUUUUAUACCUGAAAGUCAACAUAAAAUCAGAAUUCACAGUGUUUACUUUCUUAAUACACAUUUCUGGUCUUUUUGUGCAGGAUUCAUUAAUGCACGUUAUUCCAAACAUUGUUCGUUUUUAGUAAUCUUUCAUCAAACUGUAAUAAGUUGCUCCACCGCUGUAAUUACAUUCGUUUUCGUUCUGAUGUCAUUGAAGAUGUAAAAUACUGUUAUAGCUGAUAGACAAAUAGUUAUUUAAGCAUUGUUUAAGGCUUCUGUAGGCAAUGCAGUCUUUUUUAAAUCAUAUACUGUAGUUAACAAAGUAAUUUAAUGCUGUUAUGGAAUGGCCACUUUUCACAAUCCAAUCAAUUUACAAUGAAUAAAAUCAAGUCUCUAAAUUUUUUCCACAUUCAAUAUCCUCUUCACUAAGAAAUACAUCAAAUUAUGGAAGUGAAAUGGGUUGUGACUGCAUUUCAUGUUGACUUCAAAAGAAGCAGGGAACAUUGUUUUUAUUGCUAAUAAAGGACAAUAUGGUUUGGCGGUUUCAAAUUUGGCUGAAACCAGUUUGGUACCAGUUAAGAGUGAAUUGACACUGUACAUCUAUAUUCUUAGCUGUUUUAGAAUGAUUUAAUAUUUAAGUUUGUUUAACAUAGUUCAAGUUAUCCAUUGAAACAGACUAUGAAAAAUGAAGGUUUGCACAAUUGUAUGCUUAAUGGACAUUCUUCACUGCUAUUAAUAUAUGAUUUAUCCACCACAAUGCUUUCAGAUUACUCAAUUUAUCUCGUGUUUCAAAACCAUGGCAUUAGAUAACUGUUUACAAAUGAGCUGACUCCGAGCUGUGGUUAGGUUUGAUUAUAGACAGCUACAGUUAAAUAGCAAGUGUCAGCAGCAUUUGAUAUUGGGAACCUUUUUUAAUAAAAGAUUCUAUUUGUUCCUGUUUGAAGGAAUUUGAACUUAAAUGUGGCAAAUUAAUGUCCUUUCCUUUCAAAUUCAUUGACUCGUGUUACAUUGAGAUGUUUGUAAGAAAAUACAUUGAUACUAUCUUACAGUUGAUUUCAAUCUAGACUGAGCUCUUGUUGAAUUUUGAAUAAGGAAGAUGGCCACUUUUUGUCACUGAUAUUUAAUUACAUGAGUAUUUAAGUGUGCUUUAAUGUAAUGUAAAAUGUUGUUUCCUAUACGGAUUUUAAAUUAAAGACUGAAAUAUAU